UUGCUGCGUGGAGGCCUUGCCUUAGUGUCUGAUUUAUGGCGUUACCCGAAGUAGUUGCCGUCUCAGACCUGAUAAAUGGCACAAAAACUUGUCCAGUUUCUCAGCCCGAGCCCUCACGUGACGUGAAACAUCUCAGCGUGUGCUCCAGGGAGCACGAUGCUUUAAUCCGAGGGUUUCCUGUGCCAGGGACCCCGCUCAGGAUGACGCCACGGGUGCGGGUGGACCCUGCGAGUUCAGCCACAAAGUAACCAUGCCGGUCUCAGAGCCACAUAAGAAGUCACUGGAGCUGUCACGGCACACCUCGAGGCGUGUGGAGCUGGUGUGGUUGCAGGCUGGCUCCUGGCGGGACCCACAGCGGGCCCGCACGUGGACACAGGGAACUCUUACCUUUGUGGCUACUUGAAGAUUAAAGGCCUCACCGAGGAUUUAUUUUAUUUAUUCGAAAGAGUUACAGAGAGAAGUAGAGACAAAGAGAGAGGUCUUCCAUCUGCUGGUUCACUCCUCAAAUGCCGCAACAGCUGGAGCUGUGCUGAUCUGAAGCCAGGAGCUAGGAGCUUCCUCCAAGUCUCCCACGUGGAUGCAGGGGCCCAACCACUUGGCCAUGGAAUGACUUUUUUUUUAAAGAUUUAUUUAUUUAUUGGAAACUCAGAGUUACAGAGAGAGAGGAGAGCCAGAGAGAGAGAGAUCUUUCAUCUGCUGGUUUACUCCCUAGUUGGCUGCAGUGGUCAGAGCUGUACCAAUGCAAAGUCAGGGGCUUCAUCAGUGUCUCCCACCUGGAUGCAGGGGCCCAAAGACUUGGGCCAUCUUCUACUGCCUUCCAAGGCCGUAGCAGAGAGCUGGAUCAGAAGUGGAGCAGCUGGGUCUCUAACCGGCACCCAUAUGGGAUGCUGGCGCUUAAGGCCAAGGCAUUAUCCCACUGAGCCACGGCGAUGGCCCCCCUGAAGACUUUAUGUAUUUAUUUAUUUUUUGACAGGCAGUGUGGACAGUGAGAGAGAGAGAGAAAAAAAAAGGUCUUCCUUUUUGCCGUUGGUUCACCCUCCAAUGGCCACCGUGGCCAGAGCGCAGUGGCCGGUGCACAGCGCUGAUCCGAAGGCAGGAGCAAUGUGCUUCUCCUGGUCUCCCAUGGGGUGCAGGGUCCAAGCAUUUGGGCCAUCCUCCACUGCACUCCCGGGCCACAGCAGAGAGCUGGCCUGGAAGAGGGGCAACCGGGACAGAAUCCGGCACCCGAACCGGACAAGAACCCGAGAGGCUGGCACCACAGGCAGAGGAUUAGCCUAGUGAGCCGCAGCACUGGCCCCCUGAAAGACUUUUUUAAAAGUAUCCAUCUGGACUUUGGACACAGUGCUUACCAUAAAUGCAAAGCGUACCAGGAAGGCUGAACAUUCUACAGCCCUGAAGAAGACUAAAGUACCUCCCGUGCUCCAUGAGGGGGUACUUUCACAACCAGACCAGGUUCAGGCUCAGCAUCCAACCCUGACAGAAGUCACAGUUCAACCUUUUGAUGUAGAACUUACCCUAACUCCAGAAUCCGUUGUGGAGGGUGAACCACUCCCAACCAUGCAGGAGACUUCAGGGCAGCCUCCAGGGCCACAUAAUGAAGUGGUCUGUCAGCCUCCAGUUUAUUAUGAGAUGGUAGUUCCAAAACCAAGUCAAGAUCAAACUCCGCAUCCAAUGUCACCCAGUGCCACAGCUGAACCUUCGAAGUUAGAGUCAACCAUAACUCAGGUACCCACUACACAGGAUGAACAUUCUACAGCCUCCAAGUCUAUAUCUCCUCCUCCUUAUCCAAUGUACCCUGAGGUGACAUUUUCACCUCCAGUCCAGAUUCAGACUCAGUAUACAAACCUGCCUCAAGUCACAGUCAAGCCUCUGGACCUGGAAAUUACCCAAACUCCACAACGUACUACAGAGGCUACACCUUCUACUACCAUGCAAAUGACCCUAACUCAGUCUACAGAGCCACUAAAGGAGCUCGUAACUCAGUCCCCAGGGGACAAUGAGAUGACAGUUCCAACAGCAGGUCAGCAUCAAGCUCAGCACCCAACAUCACCCAGUGUCAUAGCUCAGCCUUCCAAGAUGGAGCUUACCAUAACUCUGGUACCCACUGCAAAAGCUGGCCAUUCUCCAUCCCUGAAGAAGACUACAGAUCUGCAUCCAGGCCAGGUUCAGACUCAGCACUCAACCCUAACUGAAGUCACAGAUCAACCCCUGAAUGCGGCUGCCACCAUAAAUGUCUGUGAGCUCUGCACCUGCAAAGAUGAGACACUUUCGUGCACUGGCCUCAGCCCAGUGCAGAAGCUUCACAGAGUUCCUGUACCAGAGCCCAACAGCUACAACGGCACCUUCAGCAUAUUAGAUUUAUCCUGCAACAAAAUGGAGUCUAUCGAAAGACGUGCAUUUGAGUCACUCCCUUUUUUGCAGUCUAUAAAUCUUGGUUGCAAUUUACUGACAGAACUGAGCUUUGGGACAUUUCAGGCGUGGCAUGGAAUGCAGUUUUUGCACAAUGUAAAUCUCAAUCGUAAUCCUCUGACAAAUGUUGAAGAUUCGUAUCUUUUUAAACUGCCAGCAUUAAAAUAUCUAGACUUGGGAACAACACAAGUACCACUUACCACAGUUGAGAACAUUCUCAUGAUGACCCUUCAACUGGAAAAACUAAAUUUCCAAGGAAACUCGAUUUCUUUCAUUGAUGAAAAUGUAUGGAAAGCAUACCGCUGGGCUGAGACACUAAUCCUCAGUGAAAAUGACUUGACUGAAUUACAUAAGGACUCAUUUGAAGGCCUGCUGUCCCUCCAACACUUAGAUUUAUCCUGCAAUAAAAUAGAGUUUAUCGAAAGACGUGCAUUUGAGUCACUCCCUUUUUUGCAGUCUAUAAAUCUUGGUUGCAAUUUACUGACAGAACUGAGCUUUGGGACAUUUCAGGCGUGGCAUGGAAUGCAGUUUUUGCACAAUGUAAAUCUCAAUCGUAAUCCUCUGAAAAACGUUGAAGAUUCGUAUCUUUUUAAACUGCCAGCAUUAAAAUAUCUAGACUUGGGAACAACACAAGUACCACUUACCACAGUUGAGAACAUCCUCAUGAUGACUCUUCAACUGGAAAACCUGAUCUUACCCAGCCAUAUGGCCUGCUGCCUCUGCCAAUUUAAACAUACUAUCGAGGUUGUCUGCAACACCGUCAAGCUUCACUGUGACAAUGAAUGCCUGCCAAAUACGACACAUUGCCUUGAAGAAGCAUCUAUAGGGAACCCAAAGGGGGCAUUCAUGAAGAUAUUGCAAGCCCGGAAGAACAACACCAGCAAGCAGCUGACUAUUGAGCCAGGGAACCCAGUAUCAGAGAGAAACAGCGUGGACUUCCCAGGCCGCAUGAGUGAACAGCGGGACUUCAACGAUGAAAGUGACAUUAUUAGUGCACUGAAUUACAUAUUGCCUUAUUUCUCAGAGGAAAAUCUACAAAAUGUAGAAUCAACAUUAUUACCAUUCAUUACACUGCUUUUUUCAUAAACUGCCCCGUCACAGGAGAACAGCCUGGCAACCAUGCCAAGUGUGGGGUACAGGCUGCAGAGAGUGAAAAAAGUCAUCAAGGGGCAAAGCUUACGGGAAAGGCACCUCCAGGAGAUGAGGAAGAGCCUCGGGAGGAGACGGGGCACCUGGCCCUUUGCGGAGAGCAUUGGGGGAAGAAGGCUUGGGAGAGCAGGCUCCAGGGAGCUGAAGGAGCUUCAAGUGGCUCAGAGGCCCAGGCAGGUGGCCGGAAACUCCUUGCACACGGAGCCCUUGCUCACAAAGGAACGUGAGGCUGCAGCCCCCUCUUUCCUGAAGAAACACAUCCUGGGCAGGCCUUCUACCUCCCCUGCAAAAUCUCUCUCUGAGAUCAACAACAAAGGAAAAGACUUAACCUACACCAUUUUUGUCUUAGAAGAUGCCAAUGCUAGAGCUAAAAAUAAGGCGGCAGGGAAACCAAUCUGGCAUUCCAGACAGAAUUACCGCUUUCAUAAAACUCACUCUCACCUGGUCCUCCGAACCCCCAAGGCCAAACUGAGUCGGAAGUUCAGAAGGAAAAAUUCCCUCAACAGGCAGAUGGCUGGGAAGAGGCCUCUGUUCCCUGCACUGCGGAGUCUCAUAAACUCCCCCUCCAGGGAGGCUUUCUCAUCCCCCAGAGGCCUGCAUUCUCAGGGGAGUCCUCCUCUGAGAGAACCUUCUAUAGAAGACACUAGGGAGGAAAACCAUUCCGGAGGGCGUGUUUUUGAAGAAAACAUUUUGCCAGAAAACACCACUGCACAUGAAGAAACGCUCCCUGGCGACAAAAUGCACACAGAUCCUUCAGCUACAGAUUCUGCUGGGACCGAGUUCGACCUAAUGCCGACUGUGGACCAAACCAAGGAAACACAGUGGGAAUACCCCAGCGAGGGCACUGAAGCCCCCACCAUGCCCGUAGGCUUCACCUACCCCGUGAUGCUGUCCCAGGGAGAACAGUUUGAAAUUCAGCUGAAUCAGCAGCUACAGUCCCUCAUCCCCAACACUGACGUGAGAAGGCUCAUUUCUCACGUCAUCCGCACUCUGAAAAUGGACUGCUCUGAGGCCCAGGUGCAACUGCCCUGUGCCAAGCUCAUCUCCAAAACAGGCAUCCUGAUGAAGCUCCUCAGUGAGCAGCAGGAAGAAAAGAUAGCCAAGGAAGAAUGGGACACAGAGCAGUGGAGGACCGAGACCUAUAUCAAUGAGAGUACAGAAGCCCCGAGUGGACAGAAAGAGCAGGAGUCGAGUAAGGUGAGGACAGGAGACCUGCACUUUCCCAUCCCUUCUCGCAAAAGGAGCUCAAGAACACGCUAUCACAACAAGCUCAUCGUGGCAAUAUCUUUGACGGCAGUGGUCACAAUGCUGGUUAUCAUCUUCUGUCUCAUUGAGGUAGGGACGACUCAUUCAGGUUGCCAGAGUGCAUCCUUCCUUUGUAAUAGAUUCGGAAUCCACAGACUGUACAUCAAUGCCACUUUCCACGUACCAUGAGCUGACCUUCCUCUUUAGCCACCAAGACCGAGAUGCGCUUUACUCUUUCCCUUGAAAAGCACAUUCCACAGAUUUUUAAAGGAACCCCACUUGUGGGAAAUCUCUGUGCAACUGGAACCGAGAUAACAAGGGACUGGACAUUUGGAGAGGUUAAGUGUAAGAAGGCCAGAGUAAAGUGGCAGAAGUUCUCCAAAAUUGUGUCAGGGAUUUGAUGUACUCUCUUCUACCACUGAUUUCUUUCCUCAUUGCUGAAACGAUGAGAUUAUAUACUCUCCACCCUCGAGGAACUGUCUCUGCCCUUGGGAGAAAGGAUGCAGCCAAAAGACAAAAGUAUUGUCUUACAGAGUCAUUAGAUCUACAUAGCAUCCCACUGCUCCAAUGUCUAAGACUUUGUCUAAAUGAGUUCAGCUGAUGCACUGCAGCUGAUUCCUGCAUCAAGCUGCUCUAAGAUGUGUUCCCUCCCUGGAGCUUGCCUGCACCCUCCCACACAGCCCAGUGUUUUCACAGUCCCACCACACAAGGCUCCCACAGCCACAAGCACCCAGCCCCCUGUCAAUUCUCCCAGAGUCUGGCAUCUCCUCUAGGUUGGUUUCUGGGUUCACGGUCACUAGCUGGAGCAGCUGUUACGUAUCUCCAAAAUGGUGCCUGCCCUCUCUUGGCUAGUUACAGCAUGCCAGUGCCUGAGGUCGGGCAGAGAGAAACGUGAACUCCCCCACUUUUUUUUGCUCUAGGUUGGCAGGUACAUCAUCCCCCACAGAGCUCCAAGCCAGACCCAUGCCAGGCUUUUCCCACAGCUUUAUUGCCAGUGGCUUGAGCUGUUGCAGUAUGGUCUUGCCUCAUUCCAAAGCUGGUGCUGAGGCUCUCAGCUGCUGGGGUCUCAAACUGUGCAAGUCCACACCCUCCACAUAGGUCCACAGCGUCCAUCCAAUUUGCAUGGAGUUUCCUCUACCAUUUUCUCCCUAAACCUUCCCUGAGAUUGCACUCCUUCCACUUUUUUUUAACUAUCCACCCCUAGACUAGAGCAGCAAGCUGCCUCCCUAUGCCACCAUCUUGAAAAAUCCCUGAGAUGUGAUGAUUUUAAAUAGCCCUUGUGUGAACUGUUGAAGAACAGUGAAUUUUUUUCUUCAUACUAGUUGUUGAACAUUUUACUUAGUGUAGGGUUAAUCUUAUGAGUAUAAUGUUAACUGAAAAUAGAUCUUCAUAAAAAAUAAGAAUGGAAAUAGGAGAGGGGGGAAGAAUAAGGGAUGGGAGUGUGGGCAGGAGGGAGGGUAAGGUGGAAAGUAUCACUAUGUUCCUGAAUCUGUAUACAUGAAAUCUGUCUAUCUUCAAUGAAAGUUUUUUAAAAGACAUGCCUAG